AUGGCCACCUUCUCAGGGCGAGACGUGGAGGACGUGCGAACGAUGAUAAACCGAUGCCAUGGGGACUCGUCGGAAUCGGUCAAACCUAAAGCUUCGACGACAACGACGACUAAAAAGUCCAAAAAGCAAGCACCGCAGGAAAUUAUUGAUGAGUUUUGGACCAAAUUCAAUACGAAAAUGCCAGGAAAAGCAACCACGAUCCUACCGACAGACUCGUACGCGAAGAAGGUCGGUGACUCUGCUCCAAAGAGGACCAUAACGAGCCUAUCAUCCUCGGCAUCUUACGAAGAGGCUGCUCGAACAUGCAAGCUCAAGGUUGCCAAAAUUGUGAAGGAGUGUCGGCGGGCAAAUCAAAAAUACAGAGAUCCACAUUUCGAUAUCGAGUUUGACCUGAAAUGGGGCAAGCGUGACUGCCUUGAAACAUUGAAGACACCGAAUCGAGAGAAAUCUAUAUUCAGGCCAAAAAGUGUGAAGAGAGUAGGGGAUAUUUUUGAGAAUCCCCAAUUCUUCAUCAAUGGUCCUGAAGCCAAAGAUAUCAGACAGGGCCAAGAUGGCGACUGCUGGUUAUUGGCUGGUCUAUGUACAUUGACGAAUAAGAAGGGGUUGAUAGAAAGAGUUUGUGUAGCCCGAGAUGAAGCCGUUGGAGUGUAUGGAUUUGUAUUUUACAGAGACUCCGAGUGGAGAUCUGAGAUAAUCGACGAUAAGCUGUACUUGACUAAACCAGAUUAUGACGAAAGCAUUCUUGAGAGACUGCUGUGGGAGGAUCGCGAGAGAGUGAGCUCGGAGGAUGAAUAUAAAAAGGUGUAUCAGACCAACUCAGGAGCGCUAUACUUCGCACAGUGUGAAGACCCAAACGAAACCUGGCUGCCGCUUUUGGAGAAAGCCUACGCGAAAGCACAUGGCGAUUUUGCAACUAUUGACGGGGGAUAUACUGGUGAAGGUAUUGAAGAUCUAACAGGCGGCGUUACAAUGGAGCUAUUUUCAACAGAUAUCCUGGACAAGAAUUCAUUUUGGACGAAUGAGCUUCUUAGGGUGAACGAAGAGUUCCUAUUCGGCUGCUCCUCAUGCCUCUUUGCUGGCUGGGGGGAACGUAAAGGUAUCAUCGAGGGCCACGCUUAUUCGAUUAUGCGAGCUGUCGAAAUGGACGGCCAACGCCUCCUACUUCUCAAGAACCCUUGGGGCAAAGGAGAGUGGACAGGGCCUUGGUCUGAUGGGAGCAAAGAAUGGACACCGGAAUGGAUGAUGAAGUUGAACCACAGGUUUGGUGACGACGGUGCGUUCUGGAUUAGCUACGACGACUUUCUUAAGAAAUAUCAAACUUUUGAUCGGACGAGGCUGUUCACAGAUGACUGGAAAGUCACGCAUCAAUGGACGAGUUUGACGAUUCCAUGGUCAGUGGACUAUAACUCCACCAAAUUCGCUUUUACGAUUAAUAAACCGGCUUCGGUCGUGGUCGUCCUAAACCAGCUUGAUGGUCGCUAUUUCAGAGGCCUCGAGGGUCAGUACACCUUUGAACUCUCGUUUCGUAUCCACAAGGCUGGCGAAGAAGAUUAUAUUAUACGCUCACACACCAACUACUGCAUGAAGCGGUCCGUUGCUGCUGAGCUUGAUCUUGACGAGGCUGGUGAGUAUUUGGUACUUGUCAAGAUCACUGCCAAGCGCGACUUCACCGCACUGCCAGCCCACACUGUUAUCCGUGACAAUGCCAAGGAUCGACGAGACAAGCUCCUUCGCAUUGGCCUUGCCUACGAUCUAGCACAUGCUAAGGGUCAUGUGGAAGAGUCUGAAGAAGACAAAAAAUCUCGGGAGAAGGCAGAGGCGAGGGCCAAAGCCAAGGAGCGCAAAGAACUCAAGGAUAAGCUGACGGAAAAGAAGAAGAAGAAGAAGCGCAGCGAAGCUAAAACGGCGAAGAGAGAGAGGGCUCGCCAGAACAAAGCUAAAGCUAGAGCGGAGGCUAGAGAAAAGAAGGAAGCCGAUAAGAAGAAGCUAGAAGGAGAGGUGACGAAGCCUGAAGAAGAAGCAGCGGCAGAGACGGGCGCAGAAAAGCCAGAAUCUGAGAAAGCUGAUACUGAUAUGGCAGACACUGAGAAAACAGGCUCUGAGAAGGCAGCGUCUGAGAAUUCAGAUGGCGAGAAGCCUUCAGAGAAGCCAGAGGCGAAAGCAGUAAAGGAUAAGGAAGGGCCAAGGACCGAAGGCGCCGCUCCAACACAAAGCCAAACACCAGCGUCCAGUAGCGCCCAUCAAGCCAUUACAGAAGCCGCUCUAGAUCAGUUAACCACCGUCACAGGGGAUAGUUCCCAAUCCGCUCGCUCAACUCGCAAGAAUGCUGAUCGCGGAGUCUCUCUAUUUAAACCCGCUGGAUCCGCAUCUCGUGAUAAACUCAACAGACGUGAAGCUCCGAUCUACGACUCGGAUGACAGUGACACGGAUAGUUGUGUGAGCUCGGUGAGCGACUCGACCAUAGAUGCAGAGAUUGAGAAGGCGAAAUUGCCAACACCCGUGACGAAGGAAGAGAAAAAAGAUAAGAAAGCCGCGGAUGAUGAGAGCGAAGAUGAGUUUGAGAAGGAUCCGUGGAAUGCGGUUGCGGUUGUUGGAUUGAGGGUCUAUGCUAAAGCUAAAGAAGUGGAGAAGGAAGAUGAAGUAGAAGUAAAAAGUUCGGCAGGCUCCGAAGAAGCCAAGGUGGAAAGUAGCGAGAAAGAUAAAGAGGCAGCUGUAAAGUUGGAAGAUAAAGCGAAGGGAGACGAGGAGAAGGUUGAAGAGCCAACAGGAUCGGCUCAGAACACAGAAUCGGCCACAAAGAAUGCUGAAGAUGCUUCAGGUGAGACGAAAGAAGAGAAAGCAGAAACGGCGGAAAUAGUCACGAAAGACAACCCACAGGAGACAGUGGGUAAGACAGACGCCAAAGAGGAAGAUCCUCUGGAGCUGGAAGUUAGCAUUCGAGUUAUCAGACCUCGAACUUGGGAGGAUGGCGAGACGAGCUUGGAUGUCGAUGAUAGUGCCAUGGAUGCAACCAAAAAUGCAGUUGAGGAAGGCGACAAGGAAGACGGCAAAAAGAAGGUCAUAAUUGGGAUGAAAGGCAGCUUGGGAGCCGCGAGUAAUUAA